AUGGGCUCUGCUCGUCUCCCAUCGCGGCUCACCGUGGGAACCCUUCAGUCCUUGCCACCCAACUUAGACUGCCGCGCAGCAAAAGAUGCCUUAUUCUUCCCGUCCACCAUCCCUUUGACUGCGCUACUUCCUCAGUCCCCGUAUGCUAAUCCUUGUUUGCUGCCUCUAACGGCCAUAAAUGGAGACCCCUUGUGGCUACCGGCGCGGCUUAAAGAGUCUCUUCGUGCGAUUUUAAGUGAGGCGCCCAGCCCGGGGGAGGCCCUGACGGGCCUCUGGGGAGUUUGGAGCGAAUAUCUGAAGCAUCUGCAGGCCUUGAAGAAGACUGUUGAUCAGGCAUAUGCACAGCAAAAGCCUGCUAUGCGAAAGAACGUUAAGGAUGUGGGAGUUCUUGCGGUGGAUCCUCCGCUCAUGAAGGACGAACAAUUUGCGCAAAUUGUCCCUUCGGUACCCUCACCGUGGCCAAAAUCGGCUAUCGCCACCCUUGUUCCAAGGCAGUCUCAGGCGGAAAAAGAUUUUAAAAAUUCUUACACGCAGUCAUUUUCUUCAGAAAACCCAGUUGGUCCGGUCCCUCGCCGGAAGACCCAUAUAGGGGUGAGUGCUGCAUCGCGCAAAUCACUGACCCCUAGGAAACGCGCAACCUCAAUUCCCGCCGACAAUCGGAAAAUGCCUUCACACCUAACAAGAGAGCCUUCUGCGGAGGCCGGCAAGAGUUUGCGAACGAAGGAAACUGCGCCGAAGACGCCAAGGUUAUCGCAAAACAAACUUGGAGACGAACUGCCUAGAGCAAACAAAUUGAGCAAGUUCAAAAAUGAUGAUGGACCGAUGUAUGGGGCGCUUGAGAAAGAGCUCACCAGAAGUAGUAUUGGACCCAACUCGCCGGACGGGCGGCGCCCUACUGUUACAUUGGGGCAAGCCGGCACAAGGCGCUCACAGCGCAAGCCGACAGAAAUCCCCAGGACGACUUUGAAAACAGCUGUUGUAGAGAAUCCGGAAGCGCCAGGGAAGACACCGCAAUCAGCAAGAGCAGUAGCUGUACGCCCACUUGCACAUGGGACUUUGGGCAAGUCAGCCGAGGAGGCACGUAACGGAUCACGCCGAGCAAGUAGAGCGACCAACACUAAGGGCGUCGCCCAGAAUAAGCACAGUGUAGCAAAUGCCUGA